UUUUCCUACAGUUUUCCUACGGUUUUCCUACGGUUUUCCUCUGUUCUUGUUGGCAUAACGGAAGUCCGGAGUCUUGUUUUCGCAGUGGGAACUUUUUUUAACCUUUUUUUCGUUUGUGUGAGGGUUUUCAGACAUUUUUCUUGCACAUAAAUUUUCCCUCCCUGGCGCCAGUUGAUGAAAUUUGCCAGUGAGUCCACCCGUACCCCCAUCCUGACUAUUAUAAGAUGUCUGAAGUGCUUCCAAUCUCCUGUAUAUCCUGUCGUCGCAGGAAAAUAAAGUGUAAUAAGUUGAAACCAUGUAAUCAAUGUCAAAAACGUCGGAUUGUUUGUCAAUUUCCUUCGACUUUUAGAAAUAUCAAAAUUGAUGAAAAUGAAUUAGAAGCAAAUGAACUCUCAAUAAAUGAAGAUCGUAAUAGAAGUAAAAGCUCGAGCUCGGUUUCAAAUAACUCGGGUAGUUCAAGUUCAAAUCAAAGUCCAAAUAAUCCAACUGAUAUAACGAAAUUAAAUGAGGAAAUUGAAUUAUUAAGAAAUGAAAAAUUAACUAUUUUACAAGAUAAUUUCAAAUUGAAUCAAAAAAAUCAUCAAUUAUUGACUCAAAUUAGUAAAUUUGAUCGCUCAACAAAUUUAGAACAUUCCAAACCUUCCGAUAGUAAAAAUGCAAGCCAUGAUCACUUCCCAAUAAGUGGUGAAACUUCUGAAAUGGGUGAAAAAUAUUAUGGCCCGCAAUCGUCAAAUUUUAUGAUUGAAACUUUAAAGAAAAAACUGACUAAUAAUGAAUCAUUACGUAAAGUUAAAUAUCUGAAACCAAAUGAUUUAAUUAAUUUUGGUGAUUCAAGUUCAGAAACUAAAUAUAGUAGUGAUAUUGAUAAAUCGAAUGAUCACGAUCAAGAUGAUGAUUCGAAUUUAACCCAUGAUUCAAUUUCGGGUAAUUUAAUUGAAAGAUCCUUAUUGAAAAAACCUUUACCAUUUUUAUUAAAAAUUGACCCAGAAUUAAGUAGUGAUUCGGAUACUUCUUUUGAUUUAUUAAAAUUAAAUUUCCGAAUUAUUUAUAAAAUGGUUGAAUUAUUUUUCAUUAAUACUACUUAUUAUAAAAGUUUUAUUAGUAAAGAAACCGUAUUCAAUUUUUUAAAUAAUUAUGAAUCAAUUAAAGAUAAAGAAUGGGAAAAUGAUGAUGAUUUGUUAUUAUUAUAUAUGAUUUUAUUACUAUCAAUUCAAAGAUUAACCCCAAAAGAAUUUAUUGAUAUGAAUUUAAUGAGUAGUUCAAAUGACUCAAUUAAAAAAUUUAAAAAAUUUAAAAAUCAUUUAUUAAAUAAUAUCUUAUACCAUAAUUUUGAAAAAUUAAGACAUAACUUAAUUAAUGAAUCAAUUAUUACUAUUCAAGCUUAUAUUUUAUGUACUGAAUGGUAUUUUAUUGAUCAACGUUAUGAAGAAAGUUGGUCAAUGUUAUUUCAUACUUGUUCAAUUGCCUAUUCAAUUGGUUUACAUGUUAUGGGGAAAUUUAGAACAACUACUGAUAAUAAUGAUAUUGCAAGAUUUAAAGUUUGGUUUGCUCUUAAAAAUAUUAGUGGUCAAAUUUGUUCAGUUUUAGGACGUCCAAAUCCAAUCUCAAUUCAAGUAAAUUCAAUUGUUUUAAAAUCAAGUAGUGAAUCCAAUUUAAGUAAAAUUGAUUUAAAUGCUCAUAAAACUCAAGUUUUAUUAAAAAUUGGUUUAAGCGAAUGUUUGAGGUUAUCAAAUAUGAUGUUAAUUGAAAACUUUAUGAUUAAUUUCACCAUGAAUGAUUUAUUAAAUUUAGAUUCAAAAUUUGAAAAAGAAACUAAUUUGCUCGAAUGGUUUUUAAGUGAUAAAUAUACUGAUGAUGAUUUAAUCGAUUCUCAUAAUAAUGAUGAUCUAAGUAAAAUUGAUGGUGAUUCUUCGGGGGGUGAUCAAUUAAGUUAUGACGAAGGUAAUUACUUACCUUUAAGAAUUGAUCGAGUCAAUUUAAUUAUUGAUUUAAUCACCUUAUAUAUCAAUCGAGCUAAAUUAUUUGAACCUUUUAUCAAUCAAUUUCAAGAAGCUUCAGAUGCUGCACUUAUUACUAAAUCCUUACUUUAUUCAAUAAUGAAAUUCCUUGAUUAUAUUAUUGAAUUCAUUCAACAAUUUUUAGAUAAUUUUGCCGAUAAAUACUUGGCUUAUGAAUAUCAAAUAAUGAGUGAAAUAAAAUUUGGUAAAUUGUUUAGAAUUUAUUAUCCAUUUUUAAAUUCUUUCAUUUAUCAAGGUAUUAUUGUUAUUUUCACAUUUUUAAAUUAUAAAUCCAAUGAUUUUGUUUAUUUUUCAGUUCAUUCAAAUGAAUCUUCUACAACUUCAAGUGAUUCGAAUAUUGAUGAACCAAAAAAUGCUUCAAAUUCAAAUACUGCCACCGUUGGUCCUUCAUCAAACCCCACCAUUGAUUAUAAUUCUUUUUUACAAAAAUUAGAAAAUAAAUUGAAUGCCUUAUUACAAUUUGAUCUGAGGAUUUCUAGAUUAUUAAACCAAAGUGUUAGAUUAUGGUCAACGAAUAUCGUUUAUUUAAUUAAUAAAAACAUCCAAGCAAUUAAUUUAAUAUAUGAAAAACAAAAAAUUGAAAAACAAAAAUUAGAUGAUGAUUUGAAUGAUUUAAAAAAUCAAAUUGAUCCUCCAAUUUCUUCUGCUUCAAAUAAUGUUCAACAUGAUUUGGAUAAUUUACUUGGUUUUAAUAUGAGAGAUCCAUUUUGGUUAACUAAUCCGGAUAAUUUACCUUAUUAUUUAAGUAGUCCAAGUGACGAUGGUGAUUCAAUGCCAAAUAAAAAACCAAAAACCCAUUCCGAUGAUACUACUAAACAACAAGAUCAACAAUCAAAUAAACAUUUAACUUUCCAUCCUCAACCUUUA